AUGAAGAUUAAAUAUCACAAUUAUAAAAGUUCACUUAAUUUUGGGAAUUAUCAAAAGGAUUUUGAAAGUUUAAGAUCUUCACAACAACAACUACAACAACAAGGAAAUGGAAACGGUCAUAAUGGUCAUAAUGGUAACGGUCAUUCAAAGGGACCGGUUGAAUUGACGGCUGAUGAUGUUACGUGUCACUCGAUUGGUGGAUUUGGCUAUCAAAUACCAUUCAAGACUAAAAAUUAUUAUGGCAAUGGAAACCACUCUAGCGACGAUGAGGAUGGAUACCCCGAGAGCACAGCGAGCAGUCGUCGAUCCUCUCACGCCGGUGUAUCACCGCUACAAACACCUACACUCAAAUCAGUCAGUCCUUCGUUGGCCAGUUCCCAAGUAUUCUCUCAACAACAACAGCUGCAACUACAACAACAACAAAAAGAAAAAUUAUUCAUAUCUAUCAGUGAAAGGGAUGGAGGUACAAUGGUCAAUGGUCAACCAUUUAUUAAAAGAGGUCCUGGAAGACCAAAGAAAGCAGAAGCUGAAGCAAUGCGUAUAUACCUUCAACAAAAAAGUUUUAUUGAGAAACAACAAGCUGCUGCUACCCCUCCUCCCCCAACUCCACCUAUCAAUGGUGUAAAUGGUGUAGCUACUACUACAGUUACACCAGUGAUUGUAACACCGGUGAUUGUUACACCACAAAUUCUUACACCACCUCCCCUUAAAAGAUCGGUCGGUAGACCUAGAAAGGCAGAAGCAGAAGCAGCUAGACAAUACCAAAAACAAUUGAUUGCCAAUGCUCAUGCUAAUGCUAAUAAUAAUAAUAAUAAUGCAAAUGGUAAUGGUAAUGGUAUUAAUAAUAAUAAUAAUACACAUAUUCAACAAAUGCAACCACCACAACAAAUACAACAACAACAACAACAAUCAGUUGGAGAGGAAUCAGAAUUUGAAAGUGAUGAAUUAGAAGCAGAGGAAGAGUUAUUAGAGGAAAGUAGUAGUGAGGAGAGUUUAGAGAGUGAUAUUAGUUACAAUGAUGAUAGCGACCAAGACGACGCUAUCGCCAAUGAUGAAAGAUACCAAGAUUUGGAAUCAGAAGAAGAUGUCUUUUCAGAUGACGACGCAAAAAAGAGAAAAAGAACAAAAACAACUCAUCAACCAACUCCAACUACAAAAUCACCAAGAACUAGAUCUCAAACAUCACCAAAUGGAAAUAAUCAAAAUAAUAAUAAUAAUGUAACAUCACCAAAACAAACUCCAACUCCAUUAACUCCAUUGGUUGCAACAACACCUAAUGGAAAUGGAAAUGGAAAUCACAAUCAUCAUCAAUCACCACCACAUACAUUCUCUUUAAAUGGUACUACCAAUACUACGCCAUCAACUCCAUCAACUCCAUCUGCACCUCAUUCCUUCUCAUUAACUCCAAUCACUCCAAAUUUAAGAGCAUCUCUAUCAUCCACACCUACAACUAACAAUACUAACAAUCAACAACAACAACAACAACAACAACAAACUCCAACAACUUUGAAUGGAGCUAUUUCAUCACCACAACCUGCUAAACGUGGACCAGGCAGACCAAGAAAAUAUCCACGUCCAUAA